AUGGCCAAGAGAUUUCCCCUUGUGUUGUCCAACAAAAACUUGCUCAAACGCCUUCUAUCAACUACUCCUAUACCUCCUAUAGUUAGUAUCAAUGGAUUGUGCAUUCCAAAUGCAAAUGCAAAUGCUCUGUGCACAUACCAUGAAAAAAUAGAUUAUGCAGGUGGUGAUUCAAUUGUGGGAGCAGCAGAAGGGGCAGUGAAGUCAACAGAGGUGCUGGAGAAUGUGGGAGAAAGGGCUAAGGACACUGCUUUGGAUGCAGCAAAGAAGAGUGCAGAGUUGGAGACAGAGUCAACCAUGGCUGCGGCUGAUACCAAUGUUUUGGACACAGCUGAAUACAGAUGUUCUGAGGAUUUGAGGGGGCAUCUUGGAGAUGGCCAUGAUAGUUACACUUGA